CUCCGCUCCCCUCUGCACGCUCUCCACGCAGGUCAGUCCAGCCUUCGUCUGCUCGGGGCCAGGAGAGAUGACGCCGCUCCGUGCUGCCCCGCCGCCGCUCUCCGCAUCUGCGCCUCACCACGCCGCAGUCUCCUCGUCCGCGCCACCGCUCCUCUUCGCCAAACCUUACCAUCCCAAGGCCGCGGCUUCUUGCUCGCUCACCGCCACCGCCGCCACCUCGUCAAGAAAAGCUUUCCUGUCAUGCCCGGAUCACAGCCCGGCGGCCGGGCGAUCGCUGGCGCCGGCGCGCUCCGCCCCCGCCUCGUCGCCGGCGCUCAUCUCGGCCGUCCAGGACCUUUACGAGUUCAUCUGCAGCGGCCCGCUGGUGGACAGGAUCGGCUACUCCCGGGAGAAGAUCGCCGAGUCCAUCGAUCGGUGGCUAUGGUGCGGGUCGCAGGUGAGCCGGCUCUUCCGUCUCGACGAGCUCCGGCUGUCGGAUGCGGAGAAGUCGAGGAUAUAUCACUUCUACAUACCCGUCUUCCUCUGGUGCGAGGACCAGGUCGCCGAGCACAGAUCCAAGUACAACCAGGGCAGCGAGAUCCCGCCAUUAGUGAUCGGGGUCAGCGCUCCCCAAGGCAGUGGAAAGACAACUCUUGUUUUCGCACUUGAUUAUCUCUUUCGGGUUUCUGGUAGGAAUUCCGCCACAUUGUCUAUCGACGACUUUUAUUUGACUGCAGCAGAACAGGGUAAACUGAGGGAAAGUAAUCCUGGAAAUGCUCUUCUAGAGUUCCGUGGAAAUGCUGGGAGCCAUGAUCUCCAAUUCUCAGUUGAAACACUCGAGUCACUGAUCAAGCUAACUAAGGAAGGUAUGAAGAUGAAGCUUCCACGCUAUGACAAGUCUGCCUUUGGUGGAAGAGGUGACCGGGCUGAUCCUUCAGUAUGGCCAGAGGUUGAAGGGCCCACAGAGGUUGUUCUCUUUGAAGGAUGGAUGCUUGGAUUUAAACCUCUUCCAAAUGAAGUUGUGAAAGCAGUGGACCCUCAGCUUGAGGUGGUUAAUAAGAACCUAUAUGCAUACUAUGAUGCAUGGGACAGAUUCAUCGAGUCAUGGAUUGUCAUAAAAAUUAAGGAACCUAACUGUGUAUUUCAGUGGAGAUUGCAGGCAGAGGUAGCUAUGAGAGCAGAUGGUAAAGCAGGAAUGUCUGACGAGGAGGUUAUGGAUUUUGUAUCACGCUACCUACCAGCGUAUCAUGCAUAUUUGCCCACGCUAUAUAAAGAAGGACCGAAUGGCGCAAAGAAAGACCACCUGCUGGUCAUUGACAUAGACGAAGAGAGGACCCCUAUCACUGGUAGUUGAGUCCGGAAUGUACAUUCUGAAAUGGAUAUCUUGACUGGGUGGUUGAGCUUGGGAUUUCGUAUCUUUCUGAGACCAGUUAUGCCAAGCAAGCACCACCCUCCUGUUGCUUCUUACAACUUAAAAUAUACCAAGUGUGCAAACUUUAUGUAUAUCAAAUUUUGCUAUCUACUUAAUGAAAUUGGCAACCCAUUGUUCGUCCUCUGUCAA